AUGAGUUUCUGCAAAAAAAGGAUAAGCCACCGUCAUCUUCAAGUCACCGUGAUAAUUUCUAGUUUGAUAAUCAUAGGAUGUGCAGUUGCCUUGAUUACUUUUGGUAGUAUAUUUUAUAGUUCAGUUCGUAAAUACAAUGACAAACUUGAGACGACUGUUAAAGGAGUUAUAAAAUGCCUUAUCAUAGUCGGAUGUAUUAUGAUUUUUUCUGGAUUCCUAGGUCUCUUUGGAUCUUGCUUAAAUAGUAAUGAUGUACUUUGCUUGUUUUCUGUUGGUUUGGUCUCCAUAAUUAUCGUUCAGCUAGGAACUGGAAUAACAUGCCUUUGUUAUCAAGUAAAGUUGUGGGAUAAUCUGCAUCUGAGCUUGAAGAAAGCAGUUGAAAAAUAUCAUUUCAAUAAAACAAUAAGCACCAUUAUGGAUAAAAUUCACAGAGAUCUUAAAUGUUGUGGUUCACUUAAUUACUUAGAAUAUGGAGAUAAAAUUCCCUCGUCCUGUCAUGAAGAUGGCUCCAUUUACAAAAAUGGUUGUACUGAUAUAUUAAAUCAAUUCGGUGGCCAAUUUUUAACUAUUGGUAUGGUUCUUUCAUUUAUAUUCAUAAUUGUUGAAAUAAUAACCAUUGUAUGUUCUAUAUAUUUAACUGUAUAUAUCGAUGCAAAAGAUCAAAGAUGA